AUGAUGAGUAUUACUUCGUUGCUUGCUGUGGGAUGUUCAGUAGAAAGCCAGACCAAGGCGAAAUAUUUCUUUCAUCUUUGCAAUGUCUUAACUCUCUUCUUCGUUAUCGUCUAUGCCUUCUUCCGCUCCUACAUUUGGUCCUGCUACCGGCGGUUUUCCUGGCUCACGAUGGCGAUCCUCAACAACCAGACUAUUCCCAGACGAUUCCCUCUGAGUUUCCAUGAAAUGGAACUCGUUGGAGAAGAUUGCAAGGUGGAAACGGAGGGGACCGGACUUCAAGGUGUCCCAUGUCGGCCCUCCCUUCAACAAAUCAAUCGGCUGUGUCAAGGAUCUGCAUACUUGGACAGCUUGCAUCAACCUUGGCCCAACGCUUUUUCGGGCUACGACUGGGAGGAGCAGAUCUUCGGCUCCAACAACGUCGGAUUCCGAUGCGUUGAGGGCAUUUGCAGCGUGCGGCAAUGGGUGGUGGAACGUGAAUACACACUGCUUGGCAUUAUCUUGUUUGCCAUCGUGCUCAAUUGCUGUCUUCGAGUGACCUGUGAACAUCGAAUACGGGAGUUGAAGGCCAAGAAGCUGCAAGAGCGUCAGCGUGAUUCACAAGAAUUCAGGAGGGGAAAGCGUCCGACGAGCCUGAACUACGGGCACUGUUUUUAG